AUGGCGACAACGCAUCUGAUACAAAUCUCGCCCAAUUGCCGGGAAUCGUCACCAGCUCCCCACAAAGCAUUCACUUGGAGACUCGAAGGCGGUCGACGUACCUCAUCAUUUGAAUUACAAGCGAAUCCUCUCGGCACUGACGACGAAAUGGGUGUGGUCGACGAUUACCAUUCGGGCAAUCAUGUGGAUAGGAACCGUGAGGAGCACGAAGAAGUCACAGAAAGCGGCUGUCAGGGAUGUCACAGGAUCAGGGUCGACGAGGAAAGUCGGCAGAAACUGAGUUUCCCAGAACUGGGAGCGAUUCACGGAGCUGCAUUUCCCAAUGCUACGGUCGACACUCCCCACUCCGGGAUCGGAAUGCCGCUGGCGGCCAACUCGUCGGCGACGUCACCGCCCUCGAAUGGCCUAAUCACAACCUUCCCCGCACCCUUGCAGAGCCCAGAACGUAUCCACCAGCUGAAGCAUGACAGCUCUGUUCUGGCACUUGCUGUCAACGACGAGUUCAUAUACGCCGGCACUCAUGAUGGCGAAAUCCUGGUCUGGUCUCUGGGGACUUUCCAGCUAGUCCAUCGUGUCCAGGCACACAAGCGCAGCGUUCUCUGCCUCUUCCUGUCGUCGCCGACCGACAAAUGCAUGACAAAGCCAUCAUCUACCGACGACGCGUCCGAUCCUCAAGAAUCACAACCCUCGUCUCUCCUCUUCUCUUCCGCUGGCGAUGCUAUUAUCAGCGUAUGGUGUCCGCGUACGCUCAAGCGAUUGCACGAGAUCUACAGUUCCCACGAUGUCGGCGAUGUCUUCAGCGUGGCCUAUUCCGCCCAGAACGAUACGGUCUACAUUGGCGCGCAGAACACGUCGAUCCAGUGGGUUCGGCUGAACGACCCUGAAGCCCGGGUUCUCCAUGAGUCUGCGCAGCACCCCGACCGUAGAUAUCAUCGCUUCUUCGACUCCAAGGCAGUAGGGGGCACGAGCACCCCGCGGCGCAACGAUGAUCGCUUCUCGAUGAUUCCCAGGGCGCAGUCUGUCCUCGAGAUCUCACAGGGUGCAAUCCAUCAGUUUGCACAUUUCGGUUAUGUUUAUUGCAUGCUCAUAUCCAGGGGCCCGACCGUACGAGUCGGACAGGAUGAGGAUGUCCUCAUAUCUGGAGGCGGGGAUGGCACAAUAAAGCUUUGGAGACUAGCGCACCACCCUAAGACUACCGACGGUAGUGCACAGACCGGCGCCGAAGAUGGCAUAGAAGAGAUAAUGGUAUUGGGUACCGAUGAGGCUCAGUCUGUGUUGUCUUUGGCUAUUGAUGGGUCCUUUCUAUAUAGUGGCAAGCUUGACGGAGUGAUAGAGCUAUGGGACCUCGACACAAAACAGAAAUUGCGCGUUAUCAAGGCACACGACGCAGAUGUCAUGACAGUUCAAAUUAGAUGGGGCUUUUUGUGGAGUGCCGCGGCGAACGGCGUUGCGACUAAACACAGCACCGUCAAUGAUAACCGUGAAACCAGUCCUGGGUCGGACUUGGCUAGCCAAAAAUAUCGCUGUCUCAACCGGUGGACUGCUCACGAUGGCAAAAUUCUCGCAUCUGCAGCUACAUCCCAUAAGGGCGAACGGUUUUUCAUCACCGGUGCAAACGACGACAAUGUGUGCGUCUGGCGCGUAAAUGACUGCAUAGAUGGAGCGACUGAGCAAAAGGCCGUUGCUGAAGACGAGCUGUUGCGGUCUCUCCGCAAGUUUGUGUCGUACAAGACCAUAUCUUCCCGUCCAGAAUAUGCGGAAGACUGCCGCCGAGGGGCUACGUUCCUCUGCUCCUUAUUCAAAAGGCUGGGAGCCGAGGUAGAGAUGCUAUCAAGUGGUGAGGGCAACAACCUCCAUAACCCCGUGGUUUUUGCCAAGUUCUCCGGAUAUCAGGAGCCCGCCGAAAAGCGCAAGCGAAUUCUAUUCUACGGCCAUUACGAUGUGGUUCCUGCCGAUGCCAAGAAAGGCAAUUGGGCGUCAGACCCGUUCACACUCACUGGAACCAACGGCUACCUGUACGGUCGUGGUGUCUCCGACAACAAAGGCCCCAUCAUGGCGGCUUUGUAUGCAGUAACAGAUUUGAUGGAGGCCAAGCAACUCCGCUCGGAUGUUGUCUUCCUGAUCGAAGGCGAAGAGGAGUCGGGUUCACGGAGCUUCAAGGAGGCCGUAAGGCGGAAUCGCCAUCUCAUCGGAGACGUCGACUACAUACUGUUGGCGAACAGUUACUGGCUGGACGACGAGACGCCUUGCCUGACUUAUGGCCUCCGAGGUGUCCUGCACGCGACUGUCUGCGUCGACUCGCCUCACCCAGAUCUUCAUUCCGGCGUUGAUGGCUCAUACAUGAUGGCAGAGCCACUUUCAGACUUGACAUGCUUGCUUAGCAAGCUGAAGGGCCCGGGGAACAAGGUCAUCAUCCCCGGUUUCUACGACGGAGUUCUGCCGCUCACUCCGAACGAGGAGAAGCGAUACGAUGCCAUUGCGUCCAUCUUGAUGAAGCGCAGUCCGGAGAGCGGGACGGCCGAGGCUUUGAAGCGAAGCUUGAUGGCUCGGUGGCGCGAGCCCAACCUGACCAUCCAUAGGUACAAAGUUUCAGGGCCAGACGGAAGCCUGGUCAGCAGCCAUGCAAGUGCCAACAUUUCGUUGCGGCUGGUGCCGGGGCAGGAGGUUGACGAUGUGACGGCGUCGCUGAGGUCUUUUCUGGAAAGUGAAUUUGUCAGCUUGGGCGGUAGCAACUCGCUUAGCGUGCGGAUUGACAACCAGGCCGAGCCAUGGCUGGGCGACCCCAGCAACGAGAUCUUCAGGACGCUCGAGAAUGCCGUGGUCAAGGUGUGGGGUCUGGACACGAACGAGGAGCAGGGCUCGGAGGAUGGUGACAACAGCCAUGAAGGGGGGGAGGGUUCAGCAACCACCAAGGCCAAGACCAGGAAACCCUUGUACAUCCGCGAGGGUGGUUCCAUUCCUGCCAUUCGGUUCUUGGAGAAGGAGUUCGCCGCGCCGGCGGCACAUCUUCCGUGCGGCCAGGCCAGCGAUGCCGCGCAUCUUGAUAACGAGCGACUGAGGGUCCUGAAUCUCCUGAAAAGCCGGGAGAUAUUCGGUGAUGUGUUUAAAAGUUUGUGAUUGACCAUUUUGAAGUUAGAUCACCAGUCUUAGACUAUUCUAGAAGGAGUUUGUCUGUACUUUAGCCAACUCCACAGCUCAGUUCGGGGUUUCUUUAAUUGUUCUACUUCUUCUUCUUGUUUUUUUGACUUUGAACCCUCCCUUUUUUAGACGGAUAAACUGCUGCUUGCGCCCUCUUGGACAGUUAAAUGAGUUCGCUUGCACUUGCAUGUCUGGAAUAUCUGGAAUUGAGGGCACUUGUGACAGAUAAUAACUGGCCGUGGUAUACAAAUGCAACCAACGUCUGAUCACCAACAAUUCAGAAAUGUUCUUGUUGACAAUACCAUAUCUUUGCGUUGGCAACAAUUAAUCGACCAUCAACACCACCAG